AUGGCGAGUGUGGCAAAGAAGCAAAGCAGAUACAGGUCACGAAGAAGGUUAGCUGCUCUCAGUUUCUUAUCAAAUAUUUCCUUAGAUGGCAGCCACAGGGACACCAAGUUUGCACCAUUUCAAAAUAAAAACGAAAAAUUAGAUGACACAAAGGCCAGCACAGAUGAAAAUUCGGAUAAGAAUUUAGGAACUGGUUUCUCAAGGGGCGCAACUCAUGCAGGAAGAAGUGGCACUGGAAAGAAUAAACAUUCAGAGAAGGGUAAAUCAGGAAAAUGGUUGGACACUGGCAGUUCAUCGGAAAAAUCUUCGGAUACUAUGUCAUCGAGUCCACAGAUAAGGUGGAGGUCAUCAACAUUUUCAUCAGAGAGAGAAAAAUCAGUAAAACAGAAAUUAAUACAGCUAUUACCUGAUUCUCUUCAACCUGUCAAGGAAAAUGUUGGAGAAAGAGCAGAAAAAGAAAAUCGUUACAGACGUUCAAGUUCUAUGUCUGCUGAUUCCAAUGAUUCUCUGACCAAGGAAACUCAUUUUCUUUCACCCGAUAAAAAGAAGUUAACCAAGAAUGGAAGAAAAUAUCUCAAUGAUGAAGGUAGACCAAGACAUCAUUCUGGAUCCAGAUCAGUUUCUUCACAAGAAGGGUUACAAACAUUGGGUUUAGUUCCAACAAAGUUAGAAGAUGGACAGGAUAUAUCUUACUGUGAGUUUUUAGAACCAUCUAGAAGAAAGAUCAUUAUAAAACGUGUUUUAUCAGAAAGUGGUGUGUUAUCUGAUAAUCAUCCAUUGAGUCAUGGACACGAAUAUGUGAGGAGUCACUCUCAUGACCCAAGCAUGCAGUCCACAAACACAUUUUCUAUACCUGUCCUUGAAAGAGUACCAGAGGAAGGGGAAGAUUCGUAUGAUCCCAAUAUCCUGGAUGAUCCUGACUUACAGUUUGAUUCUACUAAAAAGACCAUCCAAUCUCAAAUGUCAUCAGUUAUAUCAUCUUUAAAGCCAUCUUAUGUAAAGAAAGAACUCAAUGAGAAAUUUAGAGAUAGAUUUCCCAACAUACAGCUUACGUUGACCAAACUUAGAAGUUUGAAGAAAGAGCUUCUGAAUAUUGCCUACACAAAGUGUGGUGUUGAUCUCUGGACCAUUGCUCAAGCUUAUGUUUUCUUUGAAAAAAUCAUUUUAAAGCAUUUGGUGAAUAAAACAAAUCGCAAGCUUAGUGCUGCAGCUUGUAUGUUUUUAUCAGCUAAGAUGAAUGAUGUUAAAGGCCCGGAAAUAGAAAAACUUCUUGAGACACUGGAAGAUGACUUCAGAUUACACAGAAAAGAAAUGAUGUCAUUUGAAUUUGCUGUCUUAGUAGCUCUUGAGUUUUCUUUGUUAACCCCAGACAACGAAAUUUACCCCCACUAUCAAAGAUUAUUGGAGAAAUUAUAGCAAAAAGUGUAACAGAAUUCAGUAUAUGGCAAUUCUUACUUCACUUCUUACAAAACAAACUGCUGGUUACCAACAAUUUGUAUCCUGAUAUUUUAGUGUUUAAUUAGCACAGAAAAUCAAAGAUUUUGUUUAGUUAAUAUUUAUUCUUUCCUUCUUAAUUUAUAUUUUUGAGAUAGAUAUUAUUUUAUGAGCCCACAUUUAUGUGUGGGCAUAUUAUGUCGUCGCCUCUGUCCAUUGGUCCGUCAACUCAAUUCGGGAGGUACCCCCACUUUUCUGAACACCCUGAUAACGUGAUCAGUUUUAACAGAAUUUUUUUUUUAAUUUGGUGUGAUGCAUUGGGGGUUACAUGAUGGAAGCUGUAUUUUUUUUUAAUGAAUUUGUUGAGAAGCAUUAGGAUUGAGCGGAUGAAUCGUAUUGAUUUUCCAAGGAUGAACUAUGUUCCCUGUUGAUUUUCAUCAUUCUAGGGUUUUCUAUUCCAGAGAUGUUUAUGUAUCCAGAAAAGCAUGUGAACUCGAUAGAAAUAAGAUUUUUUGAAGGUAUAGAAGGAUCUUUACCAAUGCAUCCAAAUUUUCCUUUUGGAUAAGCUGUUGUCUAUGGCUAUCGUUUUUUUCGAGACAUAAAUGCUGUGUCGGUGUAUUUCUACGUGGCUAUCUUUUUUUAAAAUUUUAAACAAAAAAAACAACAUUAUUUCAGGAACAUUUUGAAAUUGCUUUGAAAAAUUGAGUCAUUAUUGACUGACCAAAAAUAUGCUAUCUAUUUGAUUGUUUAAUUUUAAUCAGUCUCAUGCUUAUUCUACUGGAUGAAAAUUAGUUUUUAUUUGUAAAGUUCAUGGAUGCAAAAACAGUUGUUUGAAUUUGAUAUUUUUUAUUUUUUUUAUUUGUGAUUCAUUUAAUUAAAUUUAAUAAGACUACCGCCAUCUUCAAUUUUAAUUAAUGCUGCUUAAAUUUUUAGUUUGACAUCUAAAUCAUUGUAGUAAUUAACAACUGCCAUGUUCAAUAUUGAGAGAAUACACUUGUGAUUAUUAUUUUUUUAUAUAUUUAUUUUGAGCAUUUAUCUACCGGUAAUUUGAUUAUUAAUGUAUACUAUAAGUUAUAUGAGUUUAGAGUCAUAUUUAAACCUUUACAUUGAUAUUAGUAUAUACUGGUACAUGUAUGUAUAAAUCCUAUUACUAUUAGACAAUGUGUAAGUCUAUUUGAAUUUUUUUUUUUCAUUUUGAUUUUAAUUAUCAUUUGCUUACAUGAACAUCUAUUUACUUGUCUGCUACGUUUGUUGAUUAAUAGUGUUCUUAUAUAAGAGAAGUUGUUGACUAGAUAAUAGGUCCUUUGAGAUCAACUGAACAGAACUUCUUAAAUAUGUUGUAUACUGUACUGUUAAUAUAACAAGCAUGAACAUACUAUGGACCAGGAAUCAGGUAUGAUAAUGUAUCAGCCAUCUUGGAAUAGUGACGUCCUAUCAAAAAUCUAAGGAAGAAGCAUGCCAUGUUUCAUGUUGAUAAGACUUGAAUUGGCUUGUUUCGAAGAACAUUGUCCCCAAGAAAAACAUUGAGUUCCUGGUACAAAAACUGAAAAGGAAAAUACAGUCAAGUUUUAAUUUAGACUAAUGUUGCAAUUGAUGUCUAUAUAAACCAAAUACUACUCAUGAAACAUUGUGCAUUACCAAAUUGAAUCCAUGUUGAUUGAAUGGGCCAAAUAAAUACAAAUAUAUGGUGUUACUGUAUUAAUUAUUUGAUUUGAAAUCGUUGAUGAUCUCAUAUAUUAUACAUGUAUUUUAUUUUUGCUUUAAAAAAAUUAAUCUUCACAAUAUAUUAUCUGUGAACCCUGUUGAAUACAGUGGCUUACCUCCCUUGUUGAUUUACUCUGUCUCUGCAAAUCAGCUGUAGUCUUGAUUGUUCCAUCUUAAAUUGUGUCUGCUUCAACUGCAAUGAAUAUUGAUCGGAACAAAUUAGUGUUUGUAUUCUACGGAAUCAAAGGUCAUACAGAAAUUCUUGUAUAUGUUUUCUGUUGAGACAAAAUGCAAUAUUUCCUCCCAAGUAAUUAUGUGAAUUGUAGACGUGAGCAGCCAGUUACCAAUAUACACAACAGACAAUGUUUUGUCUAGACCAAUAUUACGGGGAACGAUUAAGAUGAAUAAGUCUGGUUACUUUUAUAUCAAAUACUCUACGCUUUCUGGGAGUAGUCACAACAACCAGACCACUGAUCUUGUCUGGUUUUCAAAAAAUUAUAGUCAUAUCAGUAGAACAAGUUAAUUGAUGAGCCAAGGUAUAUAUAUAUAUAUAUAUAUAUAUACAUGUAGAUAUUUAUUCAUAGUUGACAGCCAAAGUCGGUAAAUCUGUCCAAAACAUAUUUUUAUGCUGUAAAACAAGAAAUAAUGCUAAUAGAGCGAAGCCUCUUUGAUUUAGUUCAAGAUAUAGUGUUGAAUUAAGUUGAUCAGAUUAUUUUGAGACUCUAUUAUUUUAGUUGCAAAAUACAAUGCAAAAGUCACUAAUUUAAUCUCAUUUUUUACAUUAAUUGUUGACAGUGAACACAAAAUUACUUUUAUUUUAACAAUGUUUUUUUUUCUGUGAGACCUGAACUGUUAAAUGUACACAGAUAUCCACUUUGCAAAGCAAAGCAACCCACUACACCAACUGAUUUAAAUCAACACAUUUUAUUUUGAACCAAAUCCGGUUUAGUCAUUGUAAAUUUUAGUAGUGUCAUUGGGUUACAUGAUGUGAAAAAUUCUUUGAAAAAUAACAAAAGGAGCUGAAGGACAUUCCUAGUUUUACAGUACAAUAUGUUAAAUAAUAGUCAUUUCUUUGUGCCAUUAUAUUUAUUAUUUUAUCUGCACUCAUACUCAUCCAAUUUAAGAAAUGGGUUUACCAAAAAUGAAACUUUAUGAUUUCUUCCAAAUGCUCUUAUGUUAUUUUUUUGUUUGUAAAGUAUUUGUCUACGCCAAUAUUUUAUUUGGGAGUUGCUUAUAUUGAUUGAUCUCCUGUGUUUAAGAUGAGAUUUAUUUGCCGAGUUACAUAUAAGGGCUGACAGAAAUAUGUUACAUUUAUAUUAUGAGUUUAUGAUUAUUUACAUAUGUAUGUCAUGUAUAUUAUUCAAGGUAUUAUAUACUCUUCAAAAAAAGUAAGGGAUAUUCAGAAACAAUACAAAACUGCGGAAAUGCACUGCUGUUUUUAUUAGAGGUAACGAGUGUAUGUUAAUAACAGGCCAAUUGUCUACACAUGAACAAAAACGUUCAGUAGGGCGGCUUAUCUGACGGCCCCAUUUCACUCGCAAAGAGAUACACUGUCAAAAGUGAAAUGGACGUUUUUGAUUUUUGUCUUAAUAAUGAGUAAUUGCUCCACCAAUCCUCAGACAUUCAGCAAUGCGUCGUGGCAGGCACCUAAUAAACCGUCUAAUCACGAUUUAGGGCAAUCUGACCCACUCCUCUUGCAGUGCCACGGCCAAUUCUUGCAGUGUUGUCGGUUGACGUUGACGUCGACGAACACGUCUCCCGAUCAUGUCCCAGACAUGCUCUAUAUAUAGGGGAAAGGUCAGGACUCAUGGCUGGCCAAGGCCUAUGGACAAUAUGGUGAUGCUGGAGGUCGUCAUUCCUGACACGAGCACAGGCAUUUUCAUCUUGAAAGAUGAAAAGUCAACCUGCACGUUGAGCAAAUGUUCUCAUCUAAGAACAUUACACACGCAAUAGACGAUUACCCCAAUUUCUACGCUGCCUACACCAUUGAUGCUCGUUUGCCAUAUGCUGGCGAGUUAAUGGAGGCACAUCACACGGUCGUCGCGCAUGCAAAAGGGCUGCAUGUAGCCGAUUUCUAAUCGUUUGGGGUGUAACUCGAAUUCCUGUUACUUGCUACAAGUUUACAGAAAGCUGAUUGGCCGUUUGUCCUCGAUUUCGCAGGACCUGUGUACGAAUGUAUCGAACCUGGGCUUGUGUAAUGGCUCUAGGACAACCUGAAUGAGGUCUAUUAUCAACAUUGUGUGUUUGUUGGUACCGGUUCCACAGUCUGCUGAUCACAGACUGUGACACAUUAAGCAUGUUGGCUACUGCUCGCUGCGUAGAACCCAUUUGAGGUAUGCCAAUAGCACGUAUAUGUUCAUCAUGUUGAAGACGUCUCAUUGCAAAUUAAACGUAACACACUAAAGCAAAGAUAUGCUAAACAGUAAAUCUUAUGCAAGAACCGAUAGGAAAGCAAACAUGGAUAGGAUAAACCAGCAUGUGGCAGUUUUCAUCAACUCUUCCUUGAAGUGUCAAAUUUGACAAUGAACCCCUCCCACGUGUAUGGCGCUAUUACGUGUCGUAAGUGCAGCUCAGUGGUUCUGUUGGGGCGAUAAGUUCUUCAUCUGUGAACAUACCCUCAAAGCAUGUCAAGUGUCCAUGACUAUUUAUCAUAUCACAACCUGCAUAGGUAUUUGCAUUUCAAUAUCCCCUACUUUUUUUGAAGAGUAUAUUAAACCAAUACGAAAUCAGUUUAUUAUCCUAUAGGUAAAACUGCUUAUAAUAUUGCAUUUUGUAAACUGCUAAUAUUAUGUAGAAUAAAAUAUUUGACAAUGGUUUGUCUAUAGCUUACUGCUUUUGUACAUAUUGAUUCGACCAAUUGUUUUGUUGUAAAUAGCACCUCUGUAUCAAAAUUGUCUUUGGAAUCACAGAUUUAUCAAACCUUAAAUUACAAAUAUUGAUACAUUUAAGAUCUUUUUUUAUGUACAUAAAUACAAGAAUGAUAAGCUAAAGGUGCUAAACCUCUUCGAUUUAGGUCAAAAUAAAAAUAUUGAAUGGGCUAAAGUGAUGUAUGUAAUGUUCCGAUUAGUGAUGUGUCUAGCACAAUGAAAAAAUUAUUGCUUCAAAAGCUCACUGUUUUGACAUAGGAGAAACAAUUGAUUGUAUUUCAACAUUAGCUUUAUCAUUUCACAUAAAAGAUUUUGAUAGAAAACAGAUCGUCAUCCCACAAAACCAAUCAACAAUGAAAUUGACAAUUUUAUUUUAUUUUUGACCUGAAUCUAAGAGGAAGUGCCAUUGUAAAGCAGUUCACAAAUAAAAACAAUGAAUAUAUUUUAUUUUUGCAUCCAAUGUAAAGUAUAAAAUCUGUUGCAUGUAUGUAUUGUAUCUCAGAUAUUUAACGUCUCUGUCUUAAGUCUACUGCAAAUAAAUAGAGAUAGAGGGACUGGGUCAAGUGUAUAUCCAUUUUUAUAUGCUCACAUGGAAAUGUGGACGUAUAUUGCCGUCACCCCCGUCCGUCCAUCCGUUGUCUACAAUUUCUUGUGAACGCUCUAAUGCCAAAAGUUAUGAUCCGAUUGUUUUAAAAUUGAUAUAUGUUGUUGACAUUAGUGAGUUGAAGAACCCUAUUUAAUUUCAAUAAUUUCCAUUUAUUACAUCUAGAGUUAUGGCCCUUGUUUCAUAUUGUUGGACCUUGUGAACGCCAAAAGUUAUCAUCCGAUCUUUGUGAAAUUUAUAUGCAUUAUUUAAAUUAGUGAAAUGAAGAAGUCUAUUGAAUUUCAGCAAUUUUCAUUUAUUACGUCUAGAGUUAUUGCCCUUGUUUCACUUUAUUGGACCGUGUGAAUGCUCGAACGCCAAAAGUUAUCAUCCGAUCUUUGUGAAAUUUAUAUGCAUUAUUUGAAUUAGUGAAACGAAGAAGCCUAUUGAAUUUCAGCAAUUUCCCAUAAUUACUUCUAGAGCUAUGGCCCUUGUUUCACUUUGUUGCACCUUGUGAACACUUUAAUAUCUAAAGUUAUCUGCCAAUCUGUAUGAAAUUUAUAUUUGUCAUUUAAAUUACUAAAAAGAAGAAUCUUAUUGGAUUUCAGCAAUUUCUGUUUAUUACGUCUAGAGUUAUGGCCCUUGUUUCACUUUGAUGAACCUUGUGAACGCUCUAACAUCAAAAGAAGUUAUCUGCCGAUCUGUAUGAAAUUUAUAUGCGCCAUUUAAAUUAGUAAAAAGAAGAAUCCUAUUGAAUUUCAGCAAUUUGUGUUUAUUAUGUCUAGAGUUAUGGCCCUUGUUUCACUUUGUUGAACCUUGCUAAUGCUUGAUUGAUGAAAGCUAAUGCCAAAAGUUAUCAUCUGAUCUGUAUAAAAUUUAUAUGCAUCAUUUAGCAAUUUAUGAUAAUUACUUCUAGAGUUAUGGCCCUUUUUUCACUUUGUUCAACCUUGCUAAUGAUCGAUUGAUGAAAGUUAUCAUCCGAUAUGUAUGAAAUUUAUUUGCAUCAUUUAAAUUUGUGAAACGGAGGUCUAUUGAAUUUCAGUAAUUUCCGUCAUUUAUUUCUAGAGUUAUGGCCCUUGUUUUACGUUGUGAACCAUGUGAACGUUCGAAUGACAAAAGUUAUCAUUCGUUCUGUAUGAAAUUUGUAUGCAUUAUUUAAAUUAGUAAAACAAAAAAUCCUGUCAUUCAAAAUUUUCUGUAAAUUACUUCCAGAGUUAAGGCUCUUGUUUCAGUUUGUAGAACCUUGUGAACCCUCAAACGACAAAAAUUAUAUUCUGAUCUGUAUGAAAUUGUCUUGUAAAUUAGUAAAACGAAAAAUCCUGUCAUUCAAAAUUUUCUGUAAAUUACUUCCAGAGUUAAGGCUCUUGUUUCAGUUUGUAGAACCUUGUGAACCCUCAAACGACAAAAAUUAUAUUCUGAUCUGUAUGAAAUUGUCUUGUAAAUGCCCCCAAUUACCUACAAAAGAAUAAAUAUGCGACAACCUUUGUCGACCGCUCGAACGAUUUAGCUGCUGUAGGUGGGCGUAUGUUUUGUUGCCUGGCAACCUAUUUUACACAAUAACUAUUGUUCUCAACUUGAGAAUAAAAUUGUACUUAUCCAUUGAUCAUUCACAUUAAGCUCUGUUCAAUUUGACUCCUUCCAUCUGGUUGUAUCCAUUUAAGGCAUGGACCAGUACAAUUAAGUAAUUGGACGUGUAACAAGCCCACCCUUUUCUUCGUAAACAUUUACUUGUAUCAAGAAUGAUGAAAGCUUGUUAAUAAGCUUUUAUGGCUAAAACUUCUGUGAUAUUUUGUGAAUGAGAGUUGCUAGUCAAAUGGUACCCAAAUAUGAUUUGCUUACAGAUAUGUAUGGUUGUUUAUGAUUGUUUGCAGAACUGUUUGAUUUCAAAACUAAAUCAAAAGUGUUCAAAGAAAAAGUUGUCAUUGCUUUUGGAAAAGAAUUGUCAAUUAGAGUAAUAUGACCUUACAGCACUUUGAAGAUGGAUGAAUAAGUAGUGUAUUUUUAUGUGCAGUUUAAAUGUUAUUUGAUACAUGUAUUAUUAAACCUAUCAUAAUUCAGUUAGUUUAAUAUAUUAGGAUUUUGGGGGAGUUAGUGUGAUGCUAUGAAAGAAUGGAUUAGUGUUGUAUAAUUACAAUUUAUGAUAUUGUGUUUGAUGUAUAGGUUGUGAUAGAAGGUGAUACAAGUGUAAAUAAAACAGUACAUAUUAAUACAUAUUAUACAAGACAAUUACCUACUUUAGUAGAUAAUAUACCAUAGACAUAUACUAUGUAAUAUGUUAAAUAAAAUUCUGGUAUAAAAUAAAGAGUAUUCGCAAAUAAA